AGCUGAAGGAGGAGAGGAGAGUCAUUCAGAUGGAUCUGAAGAGGCAGAGCCUCAGCCUCACCUACUGUCCCUCCUCCUCCCCUGUGGAAACACGCCUGCAGAGCAGAUCCAGGUUGGCCUCUAGUCUGCUCUAUACUCUCCUUUCUAACAGAUCCAAAAUACCUGUUUUACAACUUUUAACUUCUGUUCUGUGGAUUUACAGGCUUUCAGGGGUUUCUGCUGUCAAGCCCAACGCAUGUCUCUAGAUCUGUUUGAUUAUUUGUCUGAUAAGGAUAACAUGCAUACUUCCCAGACAAGGGCCUAAAUUCAUUCAGAUCAAGCGUUAACCAGCGAUAGCCAACACCCGCUUUGCAGAUGUUAUGGCGGUGUCAAAUCAAAUGUUAUUUGUUCGAGGUGGAACUGCGUUGGAGUCGUCAAAUUGGUGAGCAGCUGCUCUUGCGGUCAUUGUGUCAAAGCCACACCCAUCCGACUGGCGUUAGAAGUUUAGAAUGAGAAAGUGUAGGAUGUAGAUAAAAAGAUAAUGAGGCUCAUAUUGAAAAUCAUUAAACAAAAUAAUGAGGAUUUCUAUCAUCCUAAUCGAGGUGUAGAUUACAUCUCACAUUCCAGUGUUCGGAUUGGUAAACAAGGCUGCAUGGGAUUUCAGUUAAAGCGACUCUGUGCAGCCAAUGGCAAUGUCCGCUUUAGGUAUAAUGCUGGGAGCCGCUUGUGGAUUUGAGAGCUCUAACACAGUGCCAACUCCGACACCACCAAAACAACCGAUAUGCAGGUGUCAGCGGAUCUGAUAGAAUCUAGCCCAAGGUCAUCACUUACAGUAUCUGUCGAAAGUAUUUAGCUAAUUGCAACCUAGUUGAUCUUUGCUGUCAUGAAAGGUGUUAAUGGCAAUGUUGCUAUUCCCAGGUCGAUAGGAUGGACAGGUUUGUCUGCGGAUGAGACACAAAGAGACUUGACCCCUGUGGUGGCCCCCAGACCGCAUCCUCCACAUACCAGGCCCAGUCCACCACUAGUAGCACCUCUAAUAAGGAGGACUCCUCCGUUAGACAGGAUGAGAGGCCAGCCAUGCAGCUCACCCAACACCAGAGAAUCCAGCCCUCUCCAACCCUCUGAACAUAAACAUCCAAGGACUCACAGCCAGAGCUCUGAGGCUUCCCACCCCUGCAACAGAGAACCCACCAUCACCACUCAUGACAUGGACAGCUACCUACCACCCCUGGUCCCCUCUGCUAGUACAGUAACCACCCAUGGAUCCUACCUCAACUCUGCCUCAGAACAGAGAAUAAAGAGCAGAACUUGUAGGCGUAGUGGUCAGCCUGUGUCUGUGACUGAGGGAGCUCAAAGACAUGAUGACUCAUGGUCAGACUCAGUGAACAGCUGGCCCUUGUUACCUGGUGGCCACCAUCGUCUUUGCUCCUCCACACAGCCUCCGGAGCAGAUGAGCCCUGUAAGCAUGUUCCACCCUGCUCCCCCCACUGUGCAGAGGCCAGCCAGCAGAGGGCAGAGUGGGGCCAGGCGCCUGUGUCUGCCGCAGCAGGGGGACAGCCUGGUUAGCUCCUCG